AUGCAUGUGCAUAGAUGUUUGUAUUUCAGUAUGUUUAAAUGAAGCUUUUGUAGUAUAUUUCCAAAAUAUACAAUAUCACAGUACUUACUUUUAACUGGUCUUUUAUUAGUGUCUACUACUGGCUGUCAAUCAUUGGUUUUUUUGGAUAUGGUGAUGUCAAUAACAGAUUGACAAUAUGGCCCACAAAGUGAAAAUUAAAAAACCAAACAAACGAUCCAGUACAGAUGAACUGGAGAAAAUGAGUAAAGAUGAGUUAAUUGCUAAAAUUCAUGCAUUGGAAGCACAUAAUUUACAAUUACAAAAUAUAAUAAACAAAGAGGAAUCUGGCCCCAAAUAUCCAACAAAAAAAGGAAGUUUUGACUUUUCAAGAUGCUCAUUUCGUCGAAUUCUUUUACACUUUAUGUACCUAGGCUGGGACUAUCAAGGUUUUGCAGUGCAAGAAGAUACUACAAACACUAUAGAAUACCAUUUGUUUCAAGCAUUAAAAAAGACUUAUUUAAUUGAGGAUAGGACUAAGUCAAAUUAUCACCGCUGUGGAAGAACUGAUAAAGGUGUUAGUUCAUUUGGACAAGUCAUUUCUAUAGAUAUAAGAACAAAAUUAGACUCAACAAAUCAAGAUGAUUUAGAAAAUGAGAUAGAUUAUUGUAAAAUACUGAAUAAAGUCUUGCCUAGUAACAUACAAUGUAUAGCAUGGGCACCGGUUGAACAAAAUGUUAGCUCCAGAUUUGAUUGUCUAUCUAGGACUUAUAAGUAUUAUUUCCCUAAAGGGAAAUUGAACAUUGAUAAAAUGAUUGAAGCCUCACAUUAUCUUAUAGGUAGUCACGACUUUAGAAAUUUUGCCAAAAUGGAUGUUGGGAAUGGAGUGGUUCAGUUUGUUCGAAAUUUGCUCGAUUUUAGAAUAGAGCCUUUGAAGUCAGACGAUUGCAACGAUGAAUAUUCAUUAUAUGUUGCAAUAAUAAAAGGGAAUGCAUUUUUAUGGCAUCAAAUUCGUUAUAUCAUGGGAAUUCUGCUCCUCAUUGGCGCCAAUAGGGAAGAGCCAACUGUUGUAAAAGAUUUGCUAGAUGUUAAAGCAAAUCCAAGAAAGCCAGAAUACAAUAUGGCGAGUGAAGUACCCUUAAACUUAUUCUUCUGCGAGUAUGACAAUGUUAAGUGGUAUAUAAGCAAAGAAAACUUAAAAUCUGUCAUUGAAACACUUAGACAAAUAUGGACUUUUACUAGCUUAAAGAAUGCCAUGAUCAAAGAUAUUAUCAAUAGUUUAACAAAGCACCAAGAAAAUCCGAAUGAUUUAAAAUGCCUUACCGAAUACUUGGUAGGAGGUGUCAAACCCAAGACCUACGUUCCAGUAAUGAAAAGACCAAAAUGUAAGAGCCUGGAAGACAAAAUACAGCAUUACUCCAAAAGAAAACGCAUCGAAAUUGUAACCGACGAUAACGAUUCGAAAAAUAAACAGUCCUGAGUUCUUCA